GGAAGUGUCGUUGUUGUUGUUAUCUCUAGCUUGACAGUUGUGUAAAGGCAAUGCAGGGGAUUUAAAGGCCGCCAGGGAAGAUUCCGCAUUUCAAGGAAUACAGCCAGCCUCAAAUAAUGUUGGGAAAUAAUGUGUGAAACAGAUUUUGAAGAAAGUCAAUGUAAGCUUUGUUUUUUAAAUCACCCGGCUCAAAUUUCUGCUUCCUCAUCCCCAGUCACUGGACAUCUGUAGCCGACUUGCCCGGCUUGCUAGCCCGCAGACCUUCCCAAAAUCUCUGCUCCAGAAUCACGGAUCUCAUCAGUUUUUUCUUCUUAUAACGCUUUACGAAAGCUACUCAGCAUUAAACGGAACCGACCCGAGCAUCUGUCUCCGGGUUGCUCUCAUAACACUAAAGCUAUGACCUGCUAGUCCUCUACUGCAGAUCUGACCGCUAGGAGCUAGCAUCCUCUGGAGUUGGAUGGACCUCUCACAGCAUCCCUGCCGCCGGGGAGGCGUUCAAACCCGUCCUGCUGCUUCUUCGCCGGAAUGCUAACUAACGAGGAAGUGGCUUUAACAUGACGAGGAACAAUUUGCCUCUCAACCGCUGCAAGCUUUUAGGUGCUUCACAGACAUUUUUUAGAUGCCAAAUGUAAUGACCGUCCCGAGCUCGCACCAUGUACGUGGCUGGCCGUGUCUGUCUCCAGCCUCGCGGAUGACACUCACACAGGUACCGGCGUUUCAGAGCGAACAGCGGCGGCGCUGAUAACACCGUGUUGAGAGACUAGCGCCAAAGCUAGGAGGCUUACAGCACAAGCUAGAACCCCUAAACAACACCAAUGGUAUCCCAUAAGGUUUUAGUCGCAAUAAUCCUAUUAAAUGUGUAUAUAGGUGUACAGUCUGUUUUUUACUUUUUCGGCGGGGUCCUUUUGACGGGGUUGUUUGCUAUGGCAUAUUUGAAUGGACCCAGGCUGCUGGACUGGGCGAGUUCACCCCCUCAUCUUCAGUUCAACAAAUACGUCCUAACGGGAUACCGGCCAAGCUCCUCUGUGCAAGACUGCAUCAGAAGCCUGUUCUACCUGCACAAUGAACUUGGGAACAUAUACACUCACGGCAUCCCUUUGGUGUGCUUCCUGGUGCUGCUGCCGCUCAACAUCCCCUGGUCUCAGAUCAGUGUCACGUGGCUGGGUGUGGUGCACUUCCUGGCCUGCCUGUCGCCCCAGCUGGGCUCUGUGCUCUACCACCUCUUCAUGAACCACGAGGGGGGGGAGCCCGUCUACCACACCCUCCUCAAACUUGACGUGUGUGGAAUCUGCAUGAUCAACACGUUAGGGGCGCUGCCCAUUGUCUACAGCACGCUGCUGUGCUACCCGUUCAUCCGCACUGUGGCCCUGUUAGUCUACAUCCUGCUGUCCAGCCACGCCAUCUACUGCGCCGUCACCGCGCGGAGCAGCAUCCGCCGCCUGCGCUCCUUUGCCUGGCAGGCGCUGUUCCGCUUCUCCUUCUUUCUCCUGCGCGGGGUGGGCAUGGGUGGCGGUAGCCCCACCUCGCUACGCCACUUCCUCAUGAUGGAUGUGCUGGCCGUGCUGGGCGGGGUCAUCAACAUCACACGCAUUCCGGAGCGUUUCCGCCCUGGCCUCUUUGACUACUGGUGCAACAGCCACCAGAUCAUGCAUGUACUGGUGGUAGGCUCCAUUCUCUACCUGCACUGGGGUGUGCUGGACGACCUGCUGUGGAUCAACAGCUACAACUGUCCCUCAGACUGACCCCACCCCCUCACAAGGAGCACUAGGAUCUAAGGUUCAAGGACCUCUGAGGGGAGGGGGGUGUUUGCGUAGGGGAGGGGGAGGAGGGGUCAUCAGCGCGAACUAAUGCAGCGAGGUGUUGUACGUGCAUGUGUUCACCUCAUGCACUCAAAUUCAGAAUGUUCAUAUCUACAUCCAUCUAGGUACUUUUUGCCAAUGCAGGCUAAAGUAUGUCAAGUUACAUGCACAAGCAUUUUGACUGUGUCUUUUCAUAAACAUGGACACACAGGUGUCUACGGACACACACAUAAACACACUUACGUACACACAUACAAACACAGGUGUAUACGGGCAAACACACUUACACACACAAUGGUACAUUUUAAACACUAAAUAUAAGGACUGAGUAUUGAACACUAUGACGUCUUAAUUAAAGGUUCUAGUAAAGGUUAGGCUGAGUUUGAAGCCUUAGCCUAAUAACAGAAGUUUUCCUAAAGCAUUAGUUAGUUUGGUUGGUGAAGACGGUUCUAGGCUUGAAAAUAUCACAUGCUCAGAUGUCACUGUUGCUACCUAUGCAGCACAUCUAUAUGUCAUGCACAUCACACACGCAACACACACUCUCAGACAACCUCACACCUUUUUCUUUUGUACUACAUGUAUAUAUACUGUUAGUGCUGCACAAAGCACUCAUAGAGUUUCACUACGUCCAACUGACAGAGUGUUACUGGACUGGUUCUUCUGUCCCUGUUUACUUGUUUUUUUGCCACUGCCUCUUUUUUCCUGUGUCGGUCUGAUUUGUCAGUAAUGUCACAUGAUGACGAGGAAAUUAAGAUCGGUGCGGGGGUUCAUUCCUGAGGUUGCUAGCAUGUUAACAGUUCACUUGCUUUAGGCGGCACGUGACUGGUGCACACAUUUUAAAACUGUGUUGUUCAGAGGCAUUAUUGUUCACCAAAUUUGCUUUGGCGACUAAGCAAAGUCCUAUUUAUUGGUUUACAUUUGUAAAAAUCUGCCAUUGUAAGGACGAUUGUAACCACUAUUUAUAUUUAUUGAAGUUGAGGUUUUAUAACUUUGAAGUUAUAAGCUGCGUUCAAAUCUUUUAUGCACACUUGUUCUGGAGAAGAGCCUUCCUAUGUGCACUUGAAAAUCACAGAACAGAUAUGAACAGGCACUAUGAUGAUAAAUAUCACACUGAAAAAACACUAUAUAUAUAUAUAUAUAUAUACGUAAUUACGUAUAUAUAUCACUGAAAGUUAAAGGAAAGUUACAUUUCCAUAUUUUGUUGAUUGUAAUUGUUAAUUCCUAAAUAAUUAAAUAUCUUUACACUGUAACUGACUAUUGGAACAUUAUGCACAAAAUACUGUUAUGAACUGUUUAAAAUUGUUACGCGUUUUACUCAGUUCUAUUAACUUACAGAUACAGGUAACAUUGUGUUUCUGCCGGCUGUUUAAACCAAUCACUGCUGUGCAGGACGACAGAUCAAGAUAGAGGUCAGAGAAAAUCUUCAGUUUUAUUCUAACUGUGCACAUCCAGAGGAUUAGCUCCUCAUAUAUUCUCCCUACACACCUUUUCCAAAAUGAUUUUUGACUUCUGUCCCUCAGUAAUAUUGUUAAAAAUGAUGUGUCUCUAUGCAUUGCCAUUUACAAUAACAAUCACAAUAAUCGGCAAGCAAAGCAUUCUUACAGAAUAGGAAUAUGAUCUUAGAUUUUAAGGAUGUUAGGUCCUUUUUUUUAAGUUGAAUGAAAAAGUUUUUUAUGUAUUUGGAUGUUUGCCUGUACACUGACUCUUGAUUGAUGGAUUAUAAGGGUCACUCACUGUUGCCACAGAAUGGUGCACUUUAUUACCAAUAUUUAUGUGUUCUUAUUUAAAUGCGCGGAAUAUGCUCUGCAGCUGGAUUUAUGUUCUGUGAGUAGAUAUGUUUUACCUGAAUAGAGGUUAGGCACUAUUUUUAAGAGCAGAGUUGUGUUGAACUGGCUGAGAACCAACCGGAAUGAACCCCUGUCCCCUCCUCUUAUGUAUCAGUUCUGUGUGAAUGUCCAUGAUUGUUUUGCCACUGUGUUCCUCUGUGGUAUCUCAGGCACUACUCUUGAGUAAAAGAAACUGUUGCUCUGUUCCUUCAUGCUCGAGACUAGUGGUUGAUUUAUUUUCCACAGGCUGACUUUACUUUCUUAAUGACUUUGCACUUGUUUCCCAUGCCAACAGUCACAGCUGCCCACUGACUAGUUGCCAAUCCCGUCAGACACACUUUAUCUUGCCAAAUUAGCAGAGAUCGAGGUGUAGCACACCCUCUGCUUCCUGUGCUAACACUGACUCAUAGGUGAAGACAGAUUUCACAGGGUCUUAAUCACGUACACAAGUCCCAGACUGCGUCCUCCCCACCUCCCCUUGAUUAAAAGUCAGACACCUAAUGUCUGCUAGUUUCACUCUGACCCAGUGAUAAUUACCUAUAUAACUGUGGUACAAUGUAAAAACUGAAACUAAUGUGUUAUUGGCCACUGAAUGAAACUGAAAAAAAUAUGCAUGAAAGUAGCUAUAAAACAGAUGCUGAUGUCUCAUAGUGUUCGGAAAUUGUUUGUUUAUUGUAGCCAUCCGCAGGCCAUGUCACUCGCUCCAGGAAAAGACUGUGGGUAGUGGGAGGUUUUCAAAGAUCAAAAGGCAUAACAUCAAUUUCAAAUAAACUGCACUCUUCAUAAUUCUUAAAAGGGCUUCGGAUUAAAGUAAAUUAGAGUUCUGAAACAUUUAAAGUCCAUAUAAAUAAUGUAAAUACAUGUAUGUAGAUUAUAUAUACAUACAAUGCAAACGAUAUACCCCGUUUAAUUUUCUUUGGAUACAUACACAAUAUGUUAAGGGAAUAAAAUAUAGGAUAAGAAGAAAUUGGAUUUUGCCUCACAGAAGCGGCUGCUCUCUAUCACAGCCAAGGGAAAUAUGAGUGAGGGACGUUGCUCGAUGCUGAGCUUCAGAUUAAUAUCCAAGAUGUGUGUUUGCUUAGAUGUGUCCAUAUGUAUGUGAACACAGAAAAUAAUGGUUUCAGUGCUAAUGUAGAGUUGUUUGACCUUUUUGUGACCCUAACUAAGAAUGCAUUGAUUAUUUAAAUGUACCACUUUCUUUAUGUUGGUAAGGAAUUAUUUGUUACUAUUGUGGGGAAUCUUGGCAGGCAUGUGAAUACCUCGUGACAACCACUGGUCUAUCUAUGCAUUAUCAGCCGAAGGAUACGUAACAGUGAAGUCCGUUUUUGUGUUUGUUUGAAACAGCUGAUACGCUGUAACGGAGGGAUUUGCGCCAACAUCCUGGGUCUCCCACUUCUCAGGGUGCCAUAACAGUAGCUGUAACAUUCAAGGCCUGUCCUCUGCCGUCUGAAACAUGGCUGCAAGACCUCCAUUGACCUCCGCCUGUCCUAUGUGUCCAACUUGUUCAUAUUAACUGGGUAACAGAUUGGACAGAAGGGACAAAGAUGGUGGAAUAUUUCUCAGAAAACCAUGUUACAGGAGUGAAACCUGGCCAGACAAAUGUUGUCCUUCUGCUGUGUGUUAAAUGAAAAAAUUACAAGAUGUAGGAACACAUAACUAACAUAACAAAAUUCAUUUUUUAAUAUAACACAGGUGCCGGAUAGCCUGUUAAUGACCUGUUUAUAAUCGACUACCUGUAUUGUUAUAUUCUAAUUAUUCUGAUAACUGUAAUUCUGUGGAUCCUAAUAAUGACACUGGUCAAUGUGUACAGAUAAAGAGACAAGCCCUUUUAGGAUGAAGGGAGAUUUCUGGAGGGUCUGUCUGUUAUAAUCAUUUCAUAUGUGCAAUGUCACAUUUUCUAACUGACAAAGGAGUAAGCGUGGCUCCAUCUAGUGAAAGUUCGUGUGCACUGAUGCAGGCAUUAUUGUAGCCAUACUGCAGGCAAAUGAAAAUAAUUGACAUUGUGUAAUACUGUCUGCGUUGGUUUGCAGUUACUUUUUAUUUAUAUUUCCUAACCAUGUAUGUUAACGUGUGUGUAUGAGCUCUCCUGCAGAGUCCACACAAGCAUUACAUCUGUUGUCAACAUUCAUUUCUCCCUUAUGCACUGACGGGGGCUGACUGCAUCCCCAGAGUGCCUCAUUAUCCGGUGUGUGUGUGUGUGCACAAACACAUUUUGUUCCUGUGCUGUUGUUUCACUCAUGUGUCAAACAUCAGUGUCCUGUGUAACAGACAGGCUCUUGCACUCCUCAGUCUCCAGCAACGAUUGUGCAAUAAACUGAAGUCUAUAUUUUUAAAACUGGC